AUGGAUGACCGAAUGGCAGCCUUUACGCAGAGCUCGUCUCACCUGGAACCACGCACUGCUCCUCCAGCCUCCUGCGCGGAGUGUCCUCUUCUCUCUGCGGCCUCUGUGGCGCCUCUCCCCGGCUUCACUCGCCCAUGUUCCGCGCUCCCGUCUCGGAUCUCAGACGAACAAAGCUCGGCCAGACUCUCCGACGUGCGCACGCUCCGGAUAAACACCUGCUUGUUCCCGACUCUUCCUUUUGUUUGUGGAUACGUGUUUACAAUGGAUUCACCGAGGGGCCCCUGCUGCGCGGAGGGCCUUUUCCUUUAG